AUGUCUACAGUUUUCCGUACAGAUGAUGCUGCAAAAUUGCGCGUCGCUUAUCUGGGCUGUGGCCCGGGUACGAGCUCAUGUGUCACCUAUUCGAUGGCGUAUGCCCCAAUCAAGCCUCAGAUUAAGAUUUGGGCUGCACCCGACCACCGUAAAGACUACAACACAUUCAAGGCCGCCGGACGUAUCAAAUCGGUCGGAAUCUACAAUUCGGAGGUCGCGCCCAUGUUCUGCGAUGAUCUCAGCGACGCAGUCACCGACGCAAAGUAUAUCAUCGUCACCAUUCCCGCCGAAGGUGUCUUCUCAUUGAUCGACACGUUCUCUCGUUUGGACUGGGGUGACAAGAUCGUCAUUCUCAUCGACUGCUUUUACCUGUAUCCGAUACUGCGGGAUCUCUUUGCAGGCGCCCGCGUCCUAAUGGCGAACUCCCUCCCUUUCGGGACGCGGAUGGAGGGUUCGGCGGUGAACAUCUUCUUCGAAAAGGCAGUCUUGCAAAUCGGCGGUUCGCCGAUUCCAACCAGCACACAGGAGGAGGUCGCAUCUUUGUUUCUUCCGCGCCUCGAAUGGUGCAUGGACGCCCUGCACUGCGCGCUCUCCGCCAAAAACGACGUCGUUCACGCCGGCCCGAGUCUGCUCAUAUCCGGGAGCAUCGGGCGGUUGGGGCCAGAUUUCAGGUUCUACAAAGACGCGAUCGGGUCCGCGGCGGGCGUGAAACUCGUUCUCAAGCUCGACGAGGAGAAGCGACGGGUUGUGGAGGCGCUCGGGUACCCCGCGGAAGACUUCAUCCCCUGGUUCAACCGCAUAUACGCCACGGAGCAUCCCGAUUUCGAGACGUUCGCGCGGGAGUCGCGCACGCAUAACAUGCACCCGUUCGCACCGACGUCGCUUCGCCACCGCUUCAUCGCGUCGGACAUCCAGCAUGGCAUAGUGCCGCUGAUCAAACUCGCGAAAAUUGCGGGCGUUGAGGUGCCGGCGUUCACGCUGGUCGCGGUGCUCGCGGGGUAUAUCACGGGCGUGGAUUUCUUUGCGUGCGAGACGACCGUGGCUGCUCUGGGACUGACACCGGGGGCAUCGACGGUGAACGACAUUCUGUGCGCGUUCGACGCGACCCACCGGGUCUGA